ACUCAUCUACAUGUAGUAUAUACUUAAAGCUUAAAACGUGUUUUGAAUAGCGAGCCACAUGUUCCGAAUAGCAACAAAAAACAAAUAACAAAAAGGACAAAUAGUGACACAAUACGUAAACAAAAUGUCAAAAUUAGUGCAAUACGUGAUUGUUCGUGGUGAUUUAUCAAAAACAAUGCAAUGGCCACUUGGUGCAGUGAUAGCACAGUCUUGUCACGCGUGUACUGCAGUUAUUCACAAAUUUUAUAACGAUGAAUACACUCAACAAUAUUUGGCAGAUUUAGAUAAUAUGCACAAAGUAGUACUCGAGAUUUCCGAUGAGAACAGUUUGACAGACAUGCAUAAAAAGCUAGAAGAAAAUGACAUCGAUCAUAAACUUUGGAUUGAACAACCGGAAAAUAUACCAACCUGUUUAGUUAUUAAACCAUAUCCAAAGGAACAAGUACAUAAACAUGUUAAAAAAUUGAAACUUCUACAAUAGUUGCAAGUACAAAUUAAAAUUAAAGGAAAAUAGUAGGUAAAAAAACGAAACUUACAACUUCACCGGCAUUGACUUCAAAAGUUCCGUCUCCCUGUAAAAAGAAAGAAAAUCCAUGAAAAAAAAUCCUUACGGAAACUUCUUCGUAAAAUUUCCAUAUGUAAUAAACUUUUAUCAUGUAAACCCGAACGCAGUAUUCUCGUUUUACUGUUUUCUAUUUUUUAUCUUUUUUUCUGUACUUAAAAAGCUUAAGUCCUCAAGGGACCCCGAUAACGUCAUUGUAUUCUUAGAAAAAGCUUCGGUAACAAAAUUAAUUUUUCGCAACUACAAAAUUUUCUAACUAUUUUAGUAAAUUUACAAUUAUUUACGAAUUAAAAUUUUAAAAACUUUUUUAAAAUUUUUUCUUUAAUAAGUAGAAGAAAGUGCAUACCUGUCUCCUCCUCAACUUUUUGUACUUCUACUCGAAUCCAAUGAUCAUGAAAAAAAUAAUUAUUAUUAAUAAUAAGCAGAAAUUUUAAUUAAUUAAAAGGGGGGUUGUAAAUAAAAUAAAUAAAUAAAUAAAAAUGAAUAAAUAGAAAAAUGAAUG